AUGACUUCUGCUAUUUCUCUUUUUUUUCUUCUACUUUGUCUCUACAAGUUUUGCUCUUACUCUUCUGCUCUCUCUCUCUCUCUCUACUCUCUCUCUCUUUCUCUCUCUUUCUCCCCCUUCUAUACUUUCUCCCUUUUAUUUCUACUCUUACAUUUCUGUUUGUUCUCAUUGAAUUUUUUUAAACUAAUCUCUUUCUCUCUUUUCCAUCGAUUCUUUAUUCUCUAUUUGAUUUCCCUCUUUCUCUUCUACACUUUCACCUUUCUUCUAGUCUUUCUUUCACUUUGUUGUGUUUCCUACACAACACACUUCUUCUUCUUCUUCUCUCUCUCUCUCUCUCUCUCUCUCUCUUUCCUUCUACUCUUCUUUCUACAUUCAACUGGACUUUUCUUCUGCUUUUAUUUCUUUUCUUUUUUCUACUUUCUCUCUUCAACUUCUACUCACUUUUCUACUCUUUCUACUCUCUUAGACUUCUCUUUCUCCUUUUCUAUCUUUCUCUUAUUUUUGUUCUCUUUCCCUUUUAUGAUCCCUCUUUUUUCUUCUACUCUUUCUCUCUUAGACUUCUGCUUUUUCUUCUUCUUCUACUCCUUCUCUUUUUCCUCUACUCUUUCUCUCUUAGACUUCUGCUUUUUCUUCUUCUUUUAUUCUUUCUCUUUUUCCUCUACUCUUUUUCUCUUAGUCUUCUGCUUUUUCUUCUUCUUUUACUCUUUCUCUUUUUCUUCUACUCUUUCUCUCUUAACUUCUGCUUUUUCUUCUUCUUUUAUUCUUUCUCUUUUUCUUCUACUCUUUGACUUCUGCUUUUUUUUCUUCUUCUUUUACUCUUUCUCUUUUUCUUCUACUCUUUCUCUCUUAGUCUUCUGCUUUUUCUUCUUCUUUUAUUCUUUCUCUUUCUCUUCUACUCUUUCUCUCUUAGACUUCUGCUUUUUCUUCUUCUUUUACUCUUUCUCUUUUUCCUCUACUCUUUCUCUCUUAGACUUCUGCUUUUUCUUCUUCUUUUAUUCUUUCUCUUUCUUCACUCUUUCUCUCUUAGAUUUCUGCUUUUUCUUCUUCUUUUACUCUUUCUCUUUUCCUCUACUCUUUUCUCUCUUAACUUCUGCUUUUUUUCUUCUUUUAUUCUUUUUCUUUUCCUCUCUUUCUCUCUUAAUUUCUGCCUUUUUUCUUCUUCUUUUACUCUUUCUCUUUUCCCUCUCUUUUCUCUUAACUUCUGCUUUUCUUCUUCUUUUAUUCUUUCUCUUUUUCUUCUACUCUUUCUCUCUUAGAUUUCUGCUUUUUCUUCUUCUUUUACUCUUUCUCUUUUUCUUCUACUCUUUCUCUCUUAGACUUCUGCUUUUUCUUCUUCUUUUAUUCUUUCUCUUUUUCUUCUACUCUUUCUCUCUUAGAUUUCUGCUUUUUCUUCUUCUUUUACUCUUUCUCUUUUUCUUCUACUCUUUCUCUCUUAGACUUCUGCUUUUUCUUCUUCUUUUAUUCUUUCUCUUUCUCUUCUACUCUUUGACUUCUGCUUUUUUUUCUUCUUCUUUUACUCUUUCUCUUUUCCCUCUACUCUUUCUCUCUUUGACUUCUGCUUUUUUUUUUUCCUCUACUCUUUCUCUCUUAGAUUUCUGCUUUUCUUCUUCUUUUACUCUUUUUUUUUUCUUCUCUCUUUUCUCUCUUAGACUUCUGCUUUUUCUUCUUCUUUUAUUCUUUCUCUUUUUUCUUCUACUCUUCUCUCUUAGAUUUCUGCUUUUUUCUUCUUUUUUACUCUUUUCUUUUUUCUUCUCUUUCUCUCUUAGACUUCUGCUUUUUCUUCUUCUUUUAUUCUUUCUCUUUUUCUUCACUCUUUCUCUCUUAGAUUUCUGCUUUUCUUCUUCUUUUUACUCUUUCUCUUUUUUUCUACUCUUUCUCUCUUAG